AUGAAAACAAGAAGUGAAGAGGCAAAGAUUAAGAAAGAGAAACCUGCUAAAGCAAAGAAGGAGAAGCCUUCCAAGAUACAAUUCAAGAGAAAAGGCAAAAUCGUUGAGCCCCCUGCACCUAAAGCAUCGGUAACUACAUGGAAAAGGAAAAAGAAACAAGCAAAGAAAUCGGUAGCUGCUGAUGAAGAGGAAACCGAAUCAGAAGGUGAAAAGAAAGCCUUAAGAGCUAGUGGUAAGAGAUUAAAGGAUGUUGGAACUUCCACUGUAAAGAAACCGGUUGAUGAUGUGCAAAUGUCUAAACAACAACAAGGACGGGAAGAGAAGAAAGAUGGAGAAGACAAGAGCUCUGAAGAGCCACCGGUACAUACACAGAUUGUUCUGCCACCAGUAAGUGACAAUGAAAAGAAUAAGGAAGAAGAAAAGAUAGAAGAAAAGACAGAGGAUAAACCUGAAGAGGAGAAAGAGGAAGAAGAGAAGGAAAUAGAGAAAUCUGAACCUAAAGUCACACCUCUAUCCUUUACUUCUAAGAAGAAAAUAGAUGAUGAUGAGGACGAUGAUGCAUUAAGUAUACAAGGACCCAUUAAUAUGGAUAUGCUAAGUUCUACAGAAUUAAUGGAGAUUUCCACUGCAAUGCAAUCUAGAGAAAAGAAGAAGAGAAUGAAGGAACAACAAAAAGAAGUUGAGAUAAUCAAACAUGCAGUUGAAAUUUUGUCAAGCUUAUUACCAGAGACUGAUACAAACAAUUUUGCUACACCGAUUGAUAAGUUAGGUCAGUUGGUUAAUGAUGUUGGCGAACAUAUGAAAACAUUUGAGGAUGCGACAUAUGUUAAUGAAAGAUAUUGA